UUCCUGCACAAUGCUAAGGGCCAAACCCACGACGUGACGUCACUAGGGACCUCAAAAAUGGCCGACAGCGAUCGAUGGACUUACUGAAAAAAUAACCCAAAACAUUGGGCAACAAUCCCAAAUUGUACGACUUGGAAGUGGAUAUUUAAAGCUUUCCGUGUCAAACAUCCAAUUUCGCCAACGGGUAGUCAUCACCGGAAGAAGUAAGGUGGCAGUUUAUCCAAAAGGAAAGGGAGGCAGGCGGCGGCGGCGACGACGACUUAGCAACGUUAGCAUUCGAACGAACUGCCGCUUUUGUUUGUUUCCUUAAAACGAGCUACAUGACUGACAUCGCGGACUAGUCUUUAGUCCUUUUUCGCCAUAGGGAUACGUUGUUUGGGGUUUUUGUUUGUUUUGAAGCGGGCAAGCGUUAACUCAAGAGGAUCUUGAGCUAAAGUCUGCUACGUUUGCGAUUCAAAGCGGAGCAGCCUGCCGUCUAACUGGAGGUGCAGGAGAACUCUUGAACACUCAAAACACCGCCGCGCCGCACUGAGGAAACAUGGAACAAAGGCGUAGACACGGAAAAUCGCACACCGCCGACGACGGGGGUAGAAGCAGCAGCAGCAGCAGUCGCAGUCGCAGCAGCAGCAGUAGCGGCGGGGACUCGGACGGCGGCAGCCCCGCGUCCCCGACCGGGGGGCACGCGUCCUCCGACAGCCAACAAGGCCCUUCGUCGUCCUCGGGCAACGCGUUCGCCAACGACGGCAGUUUCAUGGAGAUGUUCAAGAAGAAGAUGGAGGCGGAGAUGAAAAAGGCGCAGGGGACAGAUGAAGAGCAAGGACAUAAGAAGCCCCCUCCAGUGACCAGCUUUGUGGGGAAGCGGAGAGGUGGCGUCUUCCUUAAGACCGGCAUGGUUGCCAAGAAGCAGAAACAGGACACAGAGGCUACACCCGGCAAAAGUGACGCUUGGUCAAAGUACAUGGCUGAGGUGAAAAAGUACAAAGCCCACCAGUGUGGCGACGACGAUAAGACCAGGCCGCUGGUCAAGUAGGCGUGGAUGGAUCAACACGAGAGACCUUCAGCUUUCUUCCAUCUCAUGUUUUCAUGAAUUUCCCUUUUUGUAUUUUUUUGCCCCCCCCUUGAUUUGAAUUGACACUUCACGUUUUUCCUCAAGAAACUUUGCAGUUAUGAUAUAGCCAUUUCUGUUUAUGUUUAGGCUUGAUAAAAAUCUCCACUGCCUGUUCA